UAGUUUAUGGUAUCACUCACUCACUCUCCUUUUUCCUUCUUUUUCCUUUCUCUUGAAGCCUCUCCAAUGUCAAAUCCAUCAAACUACAUCACAGAGACACCUCUACAAUGAACCAACAUCUUCACCAGCACCGCCGGACAACCUCUUCUUAGAACAAACAUGUCUCACCAUUACCCAAAACCCCUUCUAGACACCCUAUACUGCUUGGAGGACAACAUUCAUUUGGAGGAAGAAAAACAAAGAGAAGAUGAUGAUUACAUCGGUACAACCUCAAAACCAAACUUCUCCGAUGUGGUCCUUUCAGAACAAGACCUCUUCUGGGACACCCAGGAGCUCUCUUCUCUUCUCGCCAAAGAAAACCUUAACAACCUUUCCAUCUCUCUCCCAAACAACCCUUCUCUUGCUUCUUCUCGCGGAGAAGCUGUGGACUGGAUUCUCAAACUGAAUCUUCACCAUUCCUUUUCUACCCUCACAGCACUUCUCGCAGUUAACUACCUCGACAGGUUCCUCUUCACCCUCAGAUUCCAGAACGACAAGCCGUGGCUCACGCAACUCGUUGCAGUGGCGUGCCUCUCUCUUGCAGCCAAAGUUGAAGAGACCCACGUGCCCCUUUUCGUGGACCUCCAAGUGGGGGAGAGUAAGUACCUUUUUGAAGCGAAAACGGUUAAGAGAAUGGAAAUCUUGGUCCUUUCAACACUCGGAUGGAAGAUGAACCCGGUAACACCUCUCUCGUUCCUUGAUUACAUCACGAGGAAACUCGGCUUAAAGGGUCAUCUCUGCUUGGAGUUUCUCAGAAGGUGUGAAACCGUUCUUCUCUCUGUCUUCGCAGACUCGAGAUUUAUGAGUUUUCUUCCUUCUGUGUUGGCAACUGCGACGAUGAUGCGCGUGGUGAGCGUUGUGGAGCCUGGUUUGGGAGAGGAAUACCAAGAUCAGCUCUUGGGUAUUCUGGGAAUCGACAAGGAGAAGGUGAAAGAAUGCUACAAGGUGAUGAUGGAGGUUGUGUCAGGGAAGAGUGAAGAGGGUAAACGAGGGAAUUUGAAGAAAAGGAAGUUUGAGUGCAUUCAGUGUAGCCGAAACGACGUGAUGGAAGGGUCGUUUAGCUGUGAUAGUUCGUGUGAUUCAUUGAAGAAAAGUAGGAGCCAAGAUCAGCUUCUAUUGAAGCAUUCAAACUCAGAUUUUCUCACCAUUCCUCGCUAGCUAUUAUUCUCUUCCUUCAUUUUACUUUUGUCUUCUGUGAAACCAAAAACAUUAUAGUCAUAUAUUCUAUUCUAUUCUCUCAUGUUGUCUGUCAUAA